UAAUGGGAGUAUUUUUCAUAUUUUCAGACAUACAAGCCUGAUUACACAGCACCUCCUCGUCCUCCUGACGAAACAACUAUUGAUAUAACUGGGGCGUGGACCAUCACGGGUUCACCGAUGGACUUGCGUGAUCCUCGUAUUCUUGCAAUGACAACAGCUCAACACCACUUUCUUGAAGCAGAGUAUGAUGAGUAUGCCGCUACUAAUAGUAGUGGCGCUGCAUUCUGCCGCUCUGCUGCUCUAAUUUUAAUGGCACUUCUUCUUCUGAGGCAUGCAUUAAGCAUCACUACUGAUGGAGAUGAUGAUCCUUCCACUUAUUUUUCCCUAUUUUUGCUUCGGGCUGCCGGAUUUUUAUUGCCAUGUUAUAUCAUGGCAUGGGCUAUAAGCAUCCUACAUCAGAGAAGGCAAAGAAGG